AUGUCGUCGGCGAGUGCUAACCAGCAGCACAAGAACCUCAUCGGCCACCGCAUUGCCGAUGGGCGCUUGGAGCUCGUCUCUGUUCUCGGUCUCGGCGCUUACGGUGUCGUCUACCUUGCUCGUGACCUCCACCAACACCAGGGCCCCUACGCCUCCACCUCUUCUCACCAAGCCUCUGCCUCGCUCCUCGCCGCCAAGCAGGGUCACGCUUCCGGCUACUAUGCCGUCAAGUGUCUCAACAAAGUCGGCCUUGAUGCUCGCCAGCGUGCUUUCCAACGUCGUGAGAUCAUGCUUCACACCAUGGCUUCGGCUCACCCCAACGUCGUCACCCUUCACCGUGUCAUCGACGAUCCACAAGACCCCUGCGUCUACGUCGUCCUCGAUUACUGCCCAGAUGGCGACCUCUUCAGCAUGAUCACAGAGACACAACGCUAUAUGUUGCCUAGCUCCGCUUCGCGCACUGCCGAGAAACAUGGCGUCGACGUUGCCUUCACCGAUGAGCGUCUCAAGAUGGAUGCACUCAUUCGCGAUGUCUUUGACCAGAUCCUCGACGCCGUCGAGUUCUGCCACUCCAUGGGUAUCUAUCACCGUGACCUCAAACCAGAAAACAUCUUGUGUCUACGUGGAGGCGUCAAGGUUGUCCUUGCCGACUUCGGUCUCGCAACAGGUGACAAGACCAGCUCCGACUUUGGAUGCGGCAGCACCUUCUACAUGGGCCCCGAAUGCCAAGGCGGCAUCACUCGUCGUCUCACCAGCUACAAUACAGCAGCAAACGAUGUCUGGUCUCUCGGUGUCAUCCUCGUCAACCUCAUCUGCGGGCGCAACCCAUGGAAGCAGGCCUGCCCUGCCGACGAGACCUUCCGCGAGUACCUCCGCAACCCUGACUUCCUCAAAGAGAUUCUACCCAUCUCCGAGGGCGUCAACACCAUCCUCAGGUGUGUCUUCACUUUCCGUGCCGAAGCUCGUUGCUCCAUCGCCGAUCUCAGGAAGAUGGUCCGCAGCCUCGACAGGCUCACUGCUACCGCUGCCGAAGUCAAGCAACGUCAGGAGCUUGCACGUCAAGCCGCUGCCGAGGCAAACGCUGCGCGUCAAGCAGAGAAGGCCGCCGAGGCCGCCAAGUACUGCGACCAGCAACGCAAGCAGCAGGCUGCUCUCGAAGCUGCCCGCGCCGCCGCACAUGCCCACGCCUACAACCAGCAGGCUCCCGAAGUUGUUCGACAUGUCGCUGCCGCUCGUAAAAGCGAGUGUGCCCGUGUUGCUUACCAACCUCAGGUCGCUGCAUUUGACCAGAUCGCUCAACCACCCGUGGUCUAUGCUAAUAACCACCACUCGCACAACCACCAGCACAAUGUUCGCUACGCCUCGCAUGCCGACGCCAACGCCACUUCCUCCUACGAUAGCUACUCGGACUCGGAGCUCGACAACAGCAGCUGCGAAGGUGACGGAUCCUUCUCACCUACUGAUGCUCCUGACCGCUCGGCAGAGGGUCACAUGUCUUGCGAGCAAUCGAAUGUUGACUGGUCGCGACACCCCAUCGCCCGGCCUGCUGAUGAUCGUCCCCAACACCGCGUCGCUUCGAACCUCACCAGCAUGAGCGUCGUCCACCCCGCACCACAGACUCCUUGCCUCGGUGUCAACAUCCCCGCCAGCGCCGCCGUGCCUUCGCCCAUCCGCGACAUGCACAGUUCGGCCGCGAUGGAUGACCGAGAAGGACAUUCGGAUGACUGCUCAUCGCGCAGUGGCAGUGGAGAGUCUCGUCGCAGCUCGGCGUCGUACACUGGUCUUCCGCCUACACCGCAAUUCGUUCCUCACAGCAUGGAAGAUGCAGCAGCGUUGGCAGUCAGGAAGGCUGGCGCCGAUUACUCGCCCACGCUAGCCAGCAAGCGUAGCCACUUCUACACCGAUGUUGGGGAAGAGUGUCUGGUGGUCGAUGGUAGCGGCAAAACUUCUACAUGCGGCUUGCCUGCAAGGUGGUUGCAAAGCAGAUGGGACCAGGACGCCGUGGCUGCUGCCGCCAAGGCGCAGCAGCAGCAAGAGCAAGUCAGCUGGGCAGCCAACUCUGGCAGGCCAUUCGCCAGUGUCCCUUCUCGUCGUCUUCACCAUCAGCAGCCGCAGGCAGAUCAUGGCAGAUCCAUUCCUUCUUACCGAAGCACUGCUUCUCUUGCUCAACAGCAGCAACAACAGUAUUCUCACCUUCAAUAA